CUUUUCCCAAAAGUGGCUCGGCUUGGCCCAAAAAAUCUCCCCCCCUCUUAGAACAGCGCCGGCGACCCCUUACCCUCCGAUGGUGGCUCGGCGACGUGGCCUAUAUCCCACCCUGUUAGUAUCUGCUAACCAAUUAGCAGAAUAACGCUAUUGCUUCUAAUUUCCGAGCCCAAGCUUAGAAACAGAGAAAACCGCUGAUCUUUGGUUUGACACGAAUGAUUUACCAGAGAAAGAGACCCGCCUUUUAGCAGAGAGAGAGAGAGAGAGAGCCGAGGCAGCCGCCGUCACCUCAGAUCAGUCACCGCCCCUCUCCUGCAACUCCCUCCGCCGCCACACUAAUUCGUCGGCAUCGGCCGAUUAUAGAAGAAAGCCUCAAGAGUUACCUUAUUUAUAUUCACCUCCGUUUACUCGAUCUCCGAUUUGAGCUUUUUUACAGAAAGUGAAUGCAAAGUGUGACUGCGAUACCGGUCCUGUUGCGGUAGGGGUCGUUCAUGCAUUCAGCAAGUUGAUUUGAGUGCAAGAAUGGAUCAGUCUGCUGUCAGUCACAAGUCUAUAGUUCGUUGUCGUGCUGUUGUAGGACUCUGGCUAUGGGCUCAAAAUCAGUUGUGGAUAUGAUUGAGGCAUCCUCAGGUGCACAUUUUUCCGGGUUUCAUAUGGAUGGCUCAUUGGGGGCUAGAAGUAAUGGACAGACAACAACCUCGGCCAGUGGGAUCUACAAUGAACCUUUUGUUAUUGGAGUUGCUGGAGGAGCAGCUUCUGGGAAAACUACAGUGUGCGACAUGAUAAUCCAGCAGCUGCAUGAUCAGCGUGUAGUACUUGUUAAUCAGGACUCCUUUUAUUUCAAUCUCACAGAAGAAGAACUUAAACGGGUCCAUGAAUACAACUUUGACCAUCCUGCUGAGGCAUGGACAGGCUGUAGAUAUUCCCAAGUAUGAUUUCAAGAGUUCCAAAAGUGAUGUUUCCCCUGCAAGAAGGGUUAAUCCAUCGGAUGUUAUAAUUUUGGAAGGAAUUCUCAUUUUUCAUGAUCCUCGUAUUAGAGAGUUGAUGAACAUGAAGAUAUUUGUCGACACAGUGCAGAUGCUGAUGUACAGCUGGCGAGGAGAAUAAGGCGUGAUACUGGUGAGAAAGGUAGAGAUAUUGCUACAGUUCUUGAUCAGUAUUCCAAAUUUGUGAAGCCUGCUUUUGAUGACUUCAUACUUCCAUAAAAAAAGUACGCAGAUAUCAUUAUUCCCCGUGGCGGUGAUAAUCAUGUGGCAAUUGAUUUGAUUAUGCAACAUAUUCGGACCAAACUUGGCCAACAUGAUCUCUGCAAAAUUUACCCCAACUUAUACGUUAUUCAAUCAACUUUUCAGAUACGUGGCAUGCAUACCCUUAUACGUGACUCUCAAACAACAAAACAUGACUUUGUUUUCUAUGCUGACCGGCUAAUUCGUUUGGUAGUUGAGCAUGGUCUGGGACACCUACCAUUUACAGAGAAGCAAGUGAUCACUCCCACUGGUUCUGUAUACACGGGUGUGGAUUUCUGCAAGAGAUUGUGUGGCGUGUCAGUCGUCAGGAGUGGUGAGAGUAUGGAAAAUGCUUUGCGAGCAUGUUGUAAAGGCAUCAAGAUAGGCAAGAUUCUCAUCCAUAGGGAAGGUGACAACGGUCAGAAUCUGAUCUACGAAAAGUUACCUAAAGACAUUGCAGAUAGGCAUGUGUUACUACUGGAUCCCAUUCUAGGAACAGGCAAUUCAGCAGUUCAAGCCAUUUCAUUACUCGUUAGGAAGGGUGUGCCAGAGCCCAACAUUAUAUUCCUUAAUCUCAUUUCUGCACCCCAGGGAGUUCAUGUAGUCUGCAAAAAGUUUCCAAGGAUAAAGAUUGUGACAUCUGAGAUCGAGACGGGUUUGAAUGAGGAUUUCCGUGUCGUACCAGGAAUGGGGGAGUUUGGAGACAGAUAUUUCGGCACAGAUGAUGAUGACCAACCGAUGGUGGCUGUGACAGCAGCCGCUAAGAACGACAGCUGAUCCCGACCGCCCAGAGUAUGGUACGAGUGUGUCUGUCUGUCAGCCUUGCCUAUGUGCUAAGUUCUUCUAGUGCAUAUUGUCAACGAAAUUUUGACACCAUAAAAUGACUCAUUCUUAUCAAUCGCAUAAUAAUAUCUAUCUUUUGCAACUUUCUGAACUUGAAAUGAGUCAUUGAAGUUCUCAUUCAGCCCUUUAUGCUGUUCUUAUAUCUAUUACCGGCGAACUGACGGCUGCCCUCCACUUCAUUAUCUAGUAAAUUGAUGUUUGAAUUAA